AUGUCUGAGAUCAACGCCACCGCAAUUCUCGUUCCAAAGCCUGAGAAAUUUGAAGAAGUAUCUACUCUUGUAGCCGAAGUCAUCAAACAGGUGGAAGAACACGAACCGGACACACUGCUUUACUACGCAUUUCCAAUCAAGGACAAGAAUGAGAUUGUGAUCGUUGAGCGGUAA